UCUGGAAGAAGUAUUAAAAAGCAUAUUGGAGAUUGGAGUAAUUAUUUUAUUAUAUUGUGUUUAUAUUAUCAACAAAAAUAAUACUUAAACAUGUUGAGUGCAGCAAAAAUUACCAAGAAUUUCAUAAGAGUAUGUCGUGAAUACAGUACCCAAUUAUCUUUAAAUGAUGUUGUUAUUGUUAGUGCAACAAGAACACCAAUAGGAUCAUUUCAAGGUUCAUUAUCAUCAUUAUCAGCAACUAAACUUGGUGCUAUUGCUAUACAGGCAGCAAUUGAACGUGCUGGAAUUGACAAGCAACAGAUUCAAGAAGUUUAUAUGGGAAAUGUUUGUCAAGGAGGUGUAGGUCAAGCACCAGCAAGACAAGCAACAAUAUUUGCUGGUCUUCCAAAAUCAACAAUAUGUACAACAAUCAAUAAAGUAUGUGCAAGUGGUAUGAAAAGUGUUAUGUUAGCUUCACAAUCACUUCAAUGUGGACAUCAAGAUGUUAUUCUAGCUGGUGGAAUGGAAUCAAUGUCAAAUGUACCAUUUUACAUGAAACGUGGUGCUACUCCAUAUGGUGGUGUACAUCUUGAUGAUGGAAUUGUUAUGGAUGGUUUAACAGAUGUUUAUAAUAAAUUUCAUAUGGGAAAUUGUGCUGAAAAUACAGCUAAAAAAUAUAAUAUAACAAGAGAACAACAAGAUGAAUUUGCAAUUAAAAGUUACAAACGUUCAGCUGAUGCAUGGAAAAUGAAUGUAUUUAAAGAUGAAUUGGUUAAUGUUAAUGUACCACAAAAAAGAGGAAAAGCUGAUGUUAUUAUAACUGAAGAUGAAGAAUAUAAAAGAGUUGAUUUUGAAAAAUUUAAAACACUUAAAACAGUAUUUCAAAAAGACAAUGGUACUGUUACUGCUGGUAAUGCAUCAACUUUAAAUGAUGGUGCUGCUGCAAUGAUUUUAACAACAAGUAAAAUUGCACAAAAAUUAAAUCUCAAACCACUUGCUAGAAUUGUUGGUUUUCAAGAUGCUGAAACUGAUCCAAUUGAUUUUCCAAUUGCUCCAGCAUUAGCAAUUCCAACUCUGUUGAAAAAAACAAAUGUCAAUAAAAAUGAUAUAUCAAUGUGGGAAAUAAAUGAAGCAUUUAGUGUUGUUGUUGAGGCUAAUCAAAAAAUACUUGACAUUGAUCCAGCAAAGGUUAAUAUUCAUGGUGGUGCUGUAUCUCUUGGUCAUCCAAUUGGAAUGUCUGGAGCAAGAAUUAUUGUACAUUUGGUGCAUGCAUUAAAAUCUGGUGAAAAAGGUGUUGCAUCAAUUUGUAAUGGAGGUGGUGGAGCAUCAUCAAUAAUGAUUGAAAAAUUGUCGCAUCAAAUAUCAUCACCACCAAGGCUAACAUUAUACACCAAGCAUCCCUGUCAACUUUGUGAUAUACUGAAGGAAGAAUUGAAUGAUAAAUUUAAUGGUCGUUAUCAACUUGAUGAAAUUGAUAUAACAUCAUCUGGAAAUGAGCACUACUGGAACAUUUACAAGUAUCAAAUACCUGUUUUAUUUUUUGAAAAUCAGUAUUUGUGUAAGCAUCGUCUAGAUGUUGAACUUUUAAAAAAAAAACUUGAUAAUUUAGAUAAAUAAUAAUCCAUCAAAUAAACCAAAAAUUAUUGAUUAAUUCAUUUUUUUAUAUAUCAUCUCAACAAGCGUUUGUUGCAUAAACUACAAAAAAAAGUAAUUAUGUUUUAACUUUCAUUUAAUUAUUUUAAAUCCAUUAAAAUUCAUUUAUGUUUUUGUGUUUAUAUCUCACCAAGAAGACUAGAUAUCAGGAGAAUAAACUCAGGUGGAACUUCUUGUAUCUCACACAGUAAAUUUCUUUGUAGAAAAAAAAUAAAAAAAUAAAAAAAUAAA